GGUCCCUGCCGGCCAAUGGCUGGGUGCUGCGCCUCCUCCGGCCGGGCCGAGGCGGGGGCCGUCACUUCCUUCGCCUCCAGCCGGCACCAGCGAGGAGGAGGAGGAGGAGGAGGAGGAGGAGGAGGAGGAGGAAGGGGCGGGGAGCCUGCCCGUGCCACCAACAUGCCCUUUGAUUUCAGGAGGUUUGACAUCUACAGGAAGGUGCCAAAAGACCUUACGCAGCCAACAUUUACAGGAGCAAUUAUCUCUGUGUGCUGCUGCUUCUUCAUACUGUUUCUCCUCCUAUCUGAACUCACUGGAUUCAUAGCCACAGAAGUAGUUAACGAGCUCUACGUGGAGGAUCCAGACAAAGACAGUAGUGGCAAAAUAGAAGUAACUUUAAACAUCAGCUUGCCAAAUCUGCACUGUGAAUUGAUUGGACUGGAUAUUCAAGAUGACAUGGGAAGACAUGAAAUUGGUCACAUUGACAACUCAGUAAAAAUUCCCCUGAAUAAUGGGGAUGGAUGCAGGUUUGAAAGCCACUUCAGCAUCAAUAAGAUUCCAGGUAACUUUCAUGUUUCAACACACAGUGCCACUGCACAGCCUCAGAACCCUGACAUGACACAUGUCAUCCACAGACUAUCUUUUGGUGAUCAGUUACAGGCCCAGAAGGUUCGUGGAUCUUUCAAUGCAUUGGAAGGGGCAGACAAGCUCAGCUCAAACCCCCUUGCAUCACACGAUUAUAUACUGAAGAUUGUUCCCACUGUGUAUGAAGACAUGAGCGGAAAACAGCAGUACCCAUUUCAAUAUACUGUCGCUAAUAAGGAGUAUGUGGUAUACAGCCAUACAGGACGCAUCACUCCAGCUAUCUGGUUCCGUUAUGACCUGACUCCCAUCACAUUGAAAUAUAUAGAAAGGCGGCAGCCUUUGUACAGAUUUAUCACAACAAUUUGUGCCAUCAUUGGAGGGACGUUCACCGUGGCUGGUAUUCUUGACUCCUGCAUUUUCUCUGCCUCUGAAGCCUGGAAGAAGAUCCAGCUGGGGAAGAUACAGUAGGAAAGCAUCUCUCUGUCCGGUUCUGUGAGAAGAAACAAAGAAUGAGAAGCCCACAGCUAUCUUUCUUUCCCUAUUGGUUUAGUUGAUACAUGUAACAUUGAGUUAGUGCUUUGAUAGUCUUUUAAAGCAGUAAUUGAAACAAAAACAAAAUAAACUACCCCUAUACCAAUCCAAUCCACCCUAAGUAUCUUGAGGUUAACUGUGUUAGCAAACAGAUAUUUAAAAGAUAGAAAGAAGUGUUAGUCUGUUUCACCAUUAAAGGGAGAAGGGAGGAGGAAGAGAGAGGAGUGUUGUGGCAUUUCUAACCAGUCAUAUUUUAAUAUCCCCAAAGUGUCAAAUAAAAUAAAAUCCUUAUUUUAACAUAAGUAAACAAAACAAUUAUUUUAAUAUAAACAAAUUACUUAUUUUAACAUUAGCUUUUGUGGAUUACAAUCCACUUUUUCAGAUGCACUGAUGGAGUGUUACACUGUGUGCAUAGUACUCUAUAUAUUAGGCUUGUGCACUGAUUCGGUUUGGUCAGACCCAUCGGCCAGUUCGGCUUGUUCAGCUUAUUCAGCUGACUGCCCCCGGUGGCGCAGUGGGUUAAAGCACUGAGCUGCGGAAUUUGUUGAUCGAAAGGUCGCAGGUUCGAUUCCGGGGAGCGGCGUGAGCUUCCACUGUCAGCACUAGCUUCUGCCAACCUAGCAGUUCGAAAAAAUAUAAAUGUGAGUAGAUCAAUAGGUACUGCUCCGGCGGGAAGGUAACGGUGCUCCAUGCAGUCAUGCCGGCCACAUGACCUUGGAGGUGUCUACGGACAACGCUGGCUCUUUGGCUUAGAAAUGGAGAUGAGCACCACACCCCAGAGUCAGACAUGACUGGACUUAAUGUCAGGGGACUACCUACCUAACAAUAAGGGCUCAGCUGCCAUGUUUGUUUGUUUUUUGGCUGAAAUGUCCCACCUGGCUGCAGGUGCAGUUUCUUCCCUUCUGUUUGGGAACACAUGGUGCAUGCUUUCUUAAACCCAUUCUUCAAGCCAGGCUCCUUUGAAAGGAAGAGAGGAAUGGGCCCCAGGAAGGGUGCUUCCUUAACCCCAUCCCUCAGCUCAGGCCCCCCAGAAAGGAAGAAAGGAAAGGGUCCCAGGAACAGAAAGGGGAGCCUUGAAAGUUCCUCAUUCCAACCAAUGGGCUAGAUCUUUCCGGAUCUUUCAGCUGCCUAACUGAAAAGAGAUUUUUCCAUUAGUCGAUUUUCAUGAGUCACCCGAAAACAGAUCUGGGUACCCAACAAAAUUUGGAUACCAAAAAUGGAUCGCCCUCCAGCCAAAUUACACAAGCCUACUAUAUAUGUAUCUAUUGUGAAGGAUUUGUUCUCAAGAGGAAAUCAAACACAUUAAGGGAAAUGACAUGCAAAUAUUUUGGGGGGGCAGUGCCUGAAAAGUUUUUUUUUGAGAGAUGCUCUUGACAAGUGAUAGUGUUAAAUAGGAUAAAUAUUAACAGUACCUGAUUCCAUAACAAAAUUAGAGAACAGUUAAUUUUUUUGACUCUUUGAGGUUAUUAAAAUAUCUCAGCCAACUGACUAUCCAGUCUUGAGUGUUUACAGAUAGCAUAAAGUACUUGAAAACUUGAACAUAAUGAAUGAGAUGAGAUUAUAAGAGUCUGGCUUUGUAUAAGAGAGGGAGCUUCUAUAGGACUCGUUCAAAGCCUUUGAUGUACGAAGAAGAUACGAAGAAUUCAAGUAACCUGGACAGGAAAGACGUGUGUCUUCCAUAUAUGCAGAACAGAUAAGAUGUUGCCCUCACUAUGAGGAAUCCCAAUACUUGCACACCACCUUCAAUGGUACACCAUCUCCAGUUUUAAUUUGCUAAUACUUUCCAGACUGACAGCCAAAAAGGCAAAGGAAUAUUAUUAUUUGAUGCCUAAGAUACUGGCAUAGCAUUUUGAGGAACAGGACAAAGUUGCUGCACAGAGAUUUUCCUACUGAUAUAUUUCAAUCUGAAGCAUAUAACAAUAGGUUUUUCACUCCCAAAGAAGAGUCCUGGGAAGCAGAACUUUUAUCAAGUAUUUUUUUAUAGACAGUCAACAUAGGGAACUAAAAUAGGAUAUUUCCACAGACCUCAAAUAGCCCUUUGUUAUAUGAACCAACUGAUAAUAUUACAUGCUUUGUACGUUUUAUGCUACCUGGGACUGCAUACACAUCUACUAUGUGUUUUCUAGGUUUUGCUGCACUUCUUAAAACAAACACUAAGAACCCUCAUGUUACAAUUUGGAGAAAAGCAUUAUUCUGCAGUUGGAACAGUGUGUGGUCCUAUAAGGGUUGCCUUUUUAAAAAAAACAAAUGUGUGUCAAAUUGAUACAGUGUGACUAAGUAACUUUGGCCCAGAUGUAUUUCAAAGUAUAAUUCUGUGUAUGUUUUUUGUCAGUAAAUCCCAAUCAAUUCAGUGGGGCUCAUUCUUAAAGAAAUAUCAGAUUACAGUCUCAAUCUGUCCAGUAAAAUUCACGGUUUUGGUAUAGGGAAGAUAGUUGGUUUUUGUCUGUUAAAAGUAGUAUGGAUUUUUUUUUCAUUAUCCCUUUCUUUCCUGAUUUUUUUUCUAUCCCUAGAUUUUCCCCUACUUUUCUUAUGAAAUAUCUUGCUACCUUGGUGUAAAACUGGAUUUUAUAAAUUCCUGUAUCUUGUUUAAUAUUUGGAUGGAUUUUAUACAUUUUUUUCAUUCGCAAAAAUCAAGUUGAAAAUAAUACAUGUGUGUUGUUUCAA